AUGGCUGAUCAACUUACAGAAGAGCAGAUUGCUGAAUUCAAGGAGGCCUUCUCCCUGUUCGACAAGGACGGUGAUGGUACCAUCACAACCAAGGAACUCGGAACAGUCAUGCGAUCUUUGGGACAAAACCCUACCGAGGCAGAGCUCAUGGAUAUGAUUCAAGAGAUUGAUGCUGAUGGUAGUGGAACUAUUGACUUUCCUGAAUUUUUGACAAUGAUGGCUCGAAAGAUGAAGGAUACUGAUAGUGAGGAGGAAAUCUUGGAAGCCUUCAAGGUUUUCGACAAGGACGGAAAUGGUUUCAUCUCCGCAGCAGAAUUGCGCCACAUUAUGACCAACCUUGGAGAGAAGCUUACUGAUGAGGAGGUUGAUGAGAUGAUUCGUGAGGCUGACAUUGAUGGAGAUGGCCAAAUCAACUACGAAGAGUUUGUGAAGAUGAUGAUGUCCAAGUAA